CGAGCGGAGACAAUAGACAGAGCGGCUGCGGCGCGACCCAGCAGCCGGGAGACAGCGACAGAAAGCGGCGCUGCGCACCGGCGGAGCUCCGUGAUUCCCCGGUGAGAAGAGGAGACGGUUCCAGGGUCUUAAAGCAGGAAGGCGUCCGCACGCAGUGACAGAUUGCAUGCAGCACAAUCCUAACGGGACGUCCGUCUCCAGACCAGACCCUCGGCCGCGAUGAGCUCCUCGGCCCACGGCCCCCACGGCCCCCACGGCCCCCGCGCCUCCAUCGACAUCCUGGAGGAGCUGCAGCUGAUCGCUGCUCAGAACCUGGAGAAGCUCGACAUCCACAAGUACUACGAGGUGGUGCGCGAGCUGGGGAAGGGCACCUACGGGAAGGUGGACCUGGUCGUCCACAGGAUCCGAGGCACAAAAAUGGCGUUGAAGUUUCUGAGGAAGAAAAGCACCAAGUUGAAGAGCUUCCUGCGGGAGUACAGCGUCUCCUUGUACCUGUCGCCCUGCCCCUUCAUCAUCAACAUGUACGGCAUCGCCUUCGAGACCGACGAGUACUACAUCUUCGCCCAGGAGUACGCGCUGGCCGGGGAUCUGUUCGACAUCAUCCCCCCCCAGGUGGGACUCCCGGAGGCGGUGGCCAAGCGCUGCGUCCACCAGGUGGCCAUCGCCCUGGACUACCUGCACUGCAAGAAGCUGGUCCACCGGGACAUCAAGCCCGAGAACGUGCUCAUCUUCGACAGCGAGUGCCGGAAGGUCAAGCUGUCCGACUUCGGCAUGACGCGGCGCGCGGGCUCGCCGGUGAAGCGCGUGAGCGGCACCAUCCCCUACACGGCGCCCGAGCUGUGCGCCGCGGCGCGCCGCGAGGGCUUCUGCGUGGACUACAGCACGGACGUGUGGGCCUUCGGCGUGCUGCUCUUCUGCAUGCUGACGGGGAACUUCCCCUGGGAGAAGGCCAUGCCCAACGACGCCUUCUACGAGGAGUUUGCGCGCUGGCAGCGCCGCCGCGCGGGGGCGGUGCCGUCGCAGUGGCGGCGCUUCACCGCCGAGGCCCUGCGGAUGUUCCGCAGGCUGCUCUCCGUGGAGCAGGAGCGCCGCUGCUCCGUCAAGGAGGUCUUCGGCUACUUCAACCUGUGCUGGAUGCUGGACAGCGACAGCGGGAACCCGGGCGGCGGGGGAGGCGGCGGCGGCGGCGGCGCGCCUCCUCUGGACAUCAGCUCGUCUUCGUCCGGGGAGGACGCGCUGGUGGACAGACUCAAGCAGCAGAGCUUGUCGCCCGCUUUCGCCGCGGCGAAGGGGAGCGCCGUGAUGGACACCGACUACUCCUCCGCGUCCGCCAACAGCUCGCCGUCGUCCACGGGCAGCUACGAGAGGGUCAACAGGGACCACAGCGAGCGGGCGCGCGUCCUUGUGGCGACGCCCAUCGAGAUCUGCGUGUAGGAGGGGAGGGGAGGGGAGGGGGACGGGCUGCACGCCGCCGCGAGCUGCGGAGGGACGUUUCCCACCGACCACAAGAGGAAGCGUGACGUCACGGCGAGGCGCCGCUGCGGAUUGGACUCGUUUCUGGUGAUGACGAACUCCCGGUGACCCCUCCCACCCCCCCUCUCCCCUCCCCCCACCAGCCUCUGAUUCGUGGUUUAUUCAUCAGAUACUGAAAUGAAGUCGCUGGGCAGCGUGGAAAGAAAAAAUAAGGCUUGAAAGGGAAAAAAAACUAAAAAACAUUCAGAAUCCACGAGCAAUAUGAUCGAUAAGUUUGAAAUAGUCACUAAAUGCAAAACCGAAAUGAUCAACUUCCAAGAUCAUGUGUUGAUAAUAUUGUGUGUGUUUUGGUAGAUAGGUUGUUGUAAAGUGGUUUAUUUUAUUUAUUUUGAGUUAAAUUAUUUAUUUAUAUCAGAUGCAUACAUUUAGGAUUUGAUUUUAUAGGGAAAUUAGAAUUAGCCGGUGGCUUUUACAAAACCCCCCUUUUUCCUUAAAUAUUUGUCAUUUUGUCGUGAUCUCCCACAAACACACGUGCACAGACUGUUCUUUCUCACAUAAAAUGUCCUUUUUCACGUUUGCCUGUGAUGCCUGAACAACGCGCCCCAUUGGUCAGCGAGCUGUUAAUCAUCCUCUUUCUUUUCCGGUCGGCCAAUGAAGCUGCAGCACAGCUGGACCUUAAUUGAAUGUGGCCAACUUUCCUUCUUAAGAAAAAUACACAACGUGAUGAUCUAAUGAGGUGGGAGAAGGAAAUACUGAAACAACUUGGUUAUUCAAUACGCAUGGGUGAUAAAUAAAAUGGAAAUUGUAAUUUUCAUUGAUAUGAUGAAAAAGAAUAAGCAAGAAUGUUUGGAAAUGGGAACAAAUAUAAUACUCUUCAAGGAAGCCAUGAUGGUUUUUUGCUGUUUGACUUCAACCCUUCAAGAUGUGAGAAGUGACAUGAUGAAAUACUUUGGUCUGGAAAUUCUGUGUUUUUCAAAAAAGUGUCGUAUGACGUGAUGAUUACUGUGGUGAACAUUUGUGAAAAUAAACACUCAAAUCAAAAGUUUA